AUGGGUAAACUAGCCGACCUGUUACUUCACCCGUCAGAACUGCGGGCUGCACUUCAGAUAAAAUUUUUCCCUUCGGUACUUUAUCCUCGUGAUACCAAGUCAGAGACACCAGAGCUCCACCGUUGCUAUGAGCUUCUCAACCUUACGUCCCGCUCCUUUGCAGCCGUCAUCCAGCAACUUCACCCUGAGCUUCGCGACGCCAUUGCUCUAUUCUACAUUAUUCUGCGUGCUCUGGACACUGUAGAAGAUGACAUGACUCUUUCUCUCGAUACUAAAAUCCCCCUUCUCCGCAAAUUCGACACGUAUCUCACAACUCCUGGCUGGACAUUUAACGACUCUGGGCCAGAUGAAAAGGACCGUGUUGUUCUCGUUGAGUUUGACGUUGUUAUUGCAGAGUACUCAAACCUUAAGCCAGAAUAUCGUGAAGUUAUUGCCGAUAUCACACGCAGAAUGGGUGCCGGUAUGGCCGACUAUGCCAUUGACUCAGACUUUACACGAGACGGUCUCGAGACUGUUGACGAUUACAACCUUUACUGCUAUUAUGUCGCCGGUCUUGUUGGUGAGGGUCUAACUCGUAUGGCCAUUAUUUCCCAAUUCGGUGGCCCUAUUCUUGCUGAGGAACCUGAUCUACACCUGGCAAUGGGUCUCUUUUUGCAAAAAACAAAUAUUAUUCGUGACUUUAAAGAAGAUCUUGACGAUGGCCGCACCUUCUACCCUAAAGAACUUUGGGCUCGCCACGUUUCUUCGUUAAAAGAACUUAAUGACCCAGCUGUUUACACUACAAAGGGUCUCCAUGUACUCACUGAAAUGACAAUCAAUGUACUUGAGCUUGUUCCUAAGGUUCUUCAGUACCUUGACAAUAUCAAUGAGCCUACCCUUUUCCGCUUCUGUGCUAUCCCUCAAGUCAUGGCCAUUGCAACUCUUGAGCUCGUCUUUAACAAUAUCCAUGUUUUUGAAACAAACGUCAAGAUCCGACGCGGGCUUGCAUGCAAACUCAUUCUCCUUGCUCGCUCUCGCAAAGGAGUCUAUGAUGUUUUCCGCGAGUAUGUCCAGCGGAUCCAUGACCGAAACGUCGCAACAGACCCCAAUUAUCUCAAGCUGGAAAUUCUCUGCGGCAAAAUUGAGCAGUACAUUCAACAACACUAUCCCAAAGAUGAUAACACUACACUCUCACUUUCAAAGGCUCACGAUGAUUCCCUUGACUCAUUGAUGAUUCUGGCUGCUGCAGGCGGCUUUGCUAUUGCCACUUGCGCCAUCAUGGUCGGAGUGGCUUAUGCUUUCGGCGCAAACUUUUCCUUUUCUCUACAAGAUGCUUUCCCCUUUUUGGCCGAUUCAAAGCUCACUUAA